AUGAGCAGCUCCAUUGUGAAUGUUUCGAUUUCCCCACAAGUGGCGCGAGCGCUUAUAUUUAAUUGGAGUGCAUGGAUAUCUUCACGGCACGACACAGCAGAUAGCGCGUGGGAGGCUGACUGCCGGAAUGUCUCUGUAGAGGUUGAGAAAAACCACAGUGUAGUAGAUGUAUUGCGUCUAACGGGCUGGGAAUAUCUAUGGCCCAGGUGGCGCAAUGUUGGCAGAUGGCAGCCACUUGCAUCUGAAACAUUUGCACAGGAGGCGAAGGCAACCUUCAAGUACGUUGACCAAUUGCAACAGGAGGAUGAUUUGAUCUCCAAGCCCGAGUUCAAACUUGCAUUCAGUCUGGCAGCAACAGACCUAAUCUUAGUUUCCUGUCUUUGCAUGAUCGCUUUUGGAACAACAGCCAAGCCUGGGCUUUAA